AUGGCAAUCAAUGCUAUCAGUGGCCCGUUGUCGAAUAGCCAAGAUAAAGGCAGUGCCAAGCGGAAGGAGGUCUCCGAGGUGGCGGAAGAAGCAACAGAGGACGCGCAGGCUGCUGGGUACGGUGAUGGCGUAGAGUACUGGAAUAAAAGGUACCGAGGCGAUCCCAAUCCCUUCGAGUGGUUAGAGAGCUUCGCAGAGCUUGAGAGCCUUAUCAAAGAGGCCACGUCAGGCCGCGCAGAUGCGUCCGUACUGCACGUGGGCUGCGGCAAUUCCUUGCUGCCCGAAGCAAUGUACGACCACGGCUACAAGGAUGUGACAAACAUCGAUGUCGCCGAGGUAUGCAUUCAGCAAAUGGCAGAGAGGAAUAGGACCAUGCGCCCAGAGCUGAAGUGGUUCGAGAUGGAUGCCACAGAAAUGGGCCUCAUAGAGAGCAGCUUCGACACUGUCAUCGACAAAAGCGUCCUUGAUACGUUUGCAUGUGGUACCCCAGGUGACAAUGCACCAAAUGUCAUCAACAAAUAUUUGCUGGAGGCGAUGGGGGAUGUGAAAAGGAAAGGGCGUAGGAUCGCUUACAUGACUACAUGGCUUCCUGCAGAGUCAGAUUAG